CGCUGUAAUGUCGGCGCACGGAUACGCCCGCGGUGCGGAAGUCGCGAUGGAAAAAAGAGAGCCGAGAGAGAAACGAACUGUAUAUAUCGGCGUUUCGUGAUUUCGCGAAAAAUCGGGCUUAUCACGCCGGCUUUGAUUUCAACCAGAGAUCUUGGGUUUAAUUAAAAAAUAUGGAUUUUGCGAUGUUAUUAAUUGAGUUUAUCGCGUUCUUUUCUGUUUGAUUUAUCGCAUUAUUAGUUUUUCAUCAUUCUACGAAUCGCAGAUAAUCUGGUAUAAAAAUAGUGAAUGAUCGUAUCGUCGAUAUAUUAUUGAAGUUUAUAAUCUCAAGAGACCGAUUUUAUUGACAUGAUACGAUGGAUAAAGAUUAAUUUGAGCUUUGAUCAUAAACUUACUUUAUCUACCGCUCUCAUAGCUAUCGGGGUUAUAUCGAUGGUUUAGACCGAAUUUUGAACGGGUUUAUCGGACCUAAUAUAUAAGCCAGUGCAUAAAAAACGUUAAGAGCUAUUCACUUCCGUGUCGUUCGACUGAUCGCAUGAGGUGAAAUGUUCGCAUUAAGAAUCGCAGUUGUGUUUGCACUGUGUUUUCUAUUAUCCAUCGAAUCAGUGCUUUCUGUCAGGCAAUGCUUCAAGUGCGAUUCCCAAGAUGACUUCGAAUGCGCAUCGAAUCCAAAACAAGAUAAGUUUGUAGAUAAUUGCUCGAAUUAUCGUGUGCAAGAUUCGCCAGGCGACUCGGAUAUUAUAGAUUCCAAGGGAAACCGAAGCAUUGCAGAGUACGUCUGUAAAAAACUCGUAUGGUUAACCCGUAAUGGUCCCAACAAGACGUCGAUAAGGGUGAUGACUAGAAGUUGUGCUCGUAGAGGCAGCUGCCAUGCACCUUUGAAAAUGGCCGACGUACUCGAAAGCUGCGACGAGUGUGGUACCCAUUUAUGCAAUUCGUCUAUCAUCAACACUGGAUUUUACGGUUUCAUUAUAUCGACAGCGAUGCUUUUGUAUUUUGGGAAGAAAUAAAAUUACGUGUUUUCAUCAUC